GAACUCACGCAAGUGAAAAGCUCGCGCUAAAAAAGAACACGAAAUAAUACCUGACAUCAAAGAAAUGUUUUUCAGUAGUGUCUUUGGCGAAUACUAGGGAUGCUGGUUGUAAAAUUCGAUUUCGUCUUUGAUGCAGUUUUAGAGUGUAGGUGUCGUGAAAGCGGCAGUAGGUGUUUUGAGAAAUAUCACGUGAUCCCGUCUUCUGUGUUUUCUGUAUUUGAUGUUGGAGUGACACGAGGCCUUGCCAGUCAAUGUCGGAUCCGCGGGCAGUUCUUUUUAAUAACGACCAAUUAGAAGCUGCCAUAUUCGAAUGGAGGGAAUCACCAACCGUCCCCAAAGCAUGUUAUCGCCACAACAAAACAUCGCCGUCAGCUCACCUUACGGACUUCAACAAAGCCAGGAUAAGAUGCCACCGUCUUAUGAAGAAGCCCAUAUAGCUGUACAAAGCAUGGAGAACGAAAAAGUCGCAAUUUAUCGCCACCCUCUUUUUCCUUUGCUAGCGAUGCUUUUAGAAAAAUGUGAACAUGCUACGCAAACUAGCGAUUGUCCAACUUCUGAUGCCUUUGACAACGACAUCAAAAACUUUAUGAUGCAGCACAAUAGAGAGGGAAAACCAUGCUUUUCUGGCGAUCAAGAACUUGACAAUCUCAUCAUCAAAGCCAUCCAAGUUUUCAGAAUCCACUUACUAGAGCUUGAGAAAGUAAAUGAGCUUUGCAAAGAUUUUUGCCAACGGUACAUUGCCUGUCUAAAAGGAAAAAUGCAGAGUGAAAAUUUGCUGAGAAGCCCCAUGUCAACGACUUUCCAGACCCCAUCAAUCGGCUGUGUCUCUCAGUCCUUCCAGCAACUGCCAUCUGCACAACCACAACAGACUUUUAUACAGCAGGCACAGUUACUUGCACCUCAAGACGUCGCCUACUAUACAACUUCCCCAUGCACAAUUGCCAUGGCAACACCACCUAACAUCAGCGUCAUAGCAACCCAAGUACAACAGCAGCAGGCUUCGCCAAUGUCCUACACCCCCCAGCAGUCAGCUACUGUCGUUGUCACUGCUGCUACUGCAGCUACCCCUAUAGUCACCCCUACAGGACAGACGGUCCUUCUCGCGCAAAUGCCGCAGCAGCAACAACACAUCGUCCCUGCUUCUGUGACAUAUUCGACGCCUAGUAGCAUUGUGGUUACCACACCAACCACACCAACUAGUUCUGGGGCGGGGUCACCAACUGAGAUUGCACUGCCUACUGCCUUGCCCAUGCCAGCACUUGACUCACCGACAGACUCCAACGACAGGUCAAAGAAGUCUAAGCGAGGCGUGCUUCCCAAACAGGCGACAUCUAUUAUGAAAACUUGGCUGUUUCAACAUAUCAUGCAUCCCUACCCGACAGAAGAUGAGAAAAGAUCCAUCGCCCAGCAAACCAACCUCACCAUUUUACAAGUCAAUAACUGGUUUAUCAAUGCAAGAAGGAGGAUUCUGCAACCAAUGCUAGACGCUGGUAAUCCAGAGGCUCACAAGGCCAAGAAGGCGAAGAUACAGACCAGGCCUGCUCAGAGGUUCUGGCCAGAUUCCUUGGUCCCAACUCAAUACAAUACUGUUGUGCCGAUCGCACCCAACAACCUGGCCGUCCAAGCUAGAAUGCCAUCUACGUUACAAAUGCAGACCUUGCCUGGUGGCACCAUGUCUUUGCCAGUAGCCAUGUCAACCCUAACAAACUCCAGUGGAACUGUUACUCUCCCUCCUGGGACUGUGACUUUGCCGCCGAACUUUGCUAUACAACAAGGAAGCAAUAUUGUAAUCGUCACAUUGCCAGCCCAUGCUAGCACCAUAUGCACUGUAACGGACAGCAUUUCUGCAUCGCACUCUGGGGCAACGUCAUCAACAGCAACAACCCAGGCGAAUGCAGCAUCUCGAGGGGACAUGUCACCACUGUUGGUCAGUGUGCAGCAUGGUAGCCCCGCCCUUCAAAGCUCGCCGCUACCGACAAUGGCACACAAUGGGGGUAUGGGCUCUAUGGGGUCGCCUCAUCACAUCUCCACUGCUUCUAAUGUUGUACAGGUUGACAAUCUGGUGCACACGCUAGCUCUACAAAACAAUGAUGGUUGAACCACUUCAACUAUAUUACAGAGGUAGUGCACUCCUGUUCAACUCUGCUGAGAGCCAUGUGCUUAAAUUGACAUGCUCAGAAUGUGUGCUUGAAAGUACUUUUGGUUGGGUUUUCUAAGAAAAGGAUAAACUGGACAGUCGUAUCUAAUGUAGGAAAGUACAUAAAAGCAGCAUUGCAAGAGCAAGUGACAAAAUUGCUGGUAACAUCUAAAAGAUCUGUAUUAACACGGUAAUGUACAUAUGACUAAAAAGUGGGGAAUGGACUAGCAGUACAGUUUGAAACUUCAGCGUUGCCCCAUUAUUGGGAAAGCCUCUCAAAGAAAAUACAUUUAGAUUUUUAUAAUCUAAUCAUGUCAAAGCAGAUUAAGUCUAGUAUGGCAGUAGUAAUAACACAUCCCUAUACUCUAUUAGCUAAUAAUUUUGCAGAAAUGCUUACCUUUUUUUAUUUUGUAUUAAUUCUGAAUCCUACUGUCCUAGUGCAGAAAUGAAACGAUCCUCUUUUAGUUGCCAUUUUGAUAUAUUUCUGGAUCACUUAUAAUUUGUAUUCCAGUGUUUACUAAAAACUAUAACAAAGUUGGCUCUGAAUGGCACUCUUUAGGUCAAGUGUUUUAAAGUGGUUAUGUUAUAGUGUCUUUCCAGAUUACUGUGCAUCUUUUUAGCAGUUUUAUUUUUGCGAUAAUAAGAAUCGUUUUAAAGGGCCCUUGACAGCCACACCUUUGUUAAAGUUUUCAUUGAAUAUUGGUAAACAAAUAAUUUUGAUGAGGUAGUCAUCUAAAAACAAAGUUUUGUACUUCAGUUACCAAGUUCAAAUAAAAAUAUCACCAUAGUUUCUCUUAAUCAGCCGAUGGAAACGGAUGCUUUCUCCACUUGAUAUUCUAACAAAAUGGCAGCUGACAAGAGUCCAUGGGAUGAGCUGUGUUUGUAAAUAUCAUGUUCAGACUUACUAGAAAAGCGGUUAAGAUUUAAAAAGAGCAUUGGUAUCAUUGCGUUGCUGUUUUCAUGGACAAGGAAAUCCUUGAAAUAAGAAUCAUUUUUCUACCCUAACAGUGGCCUUCAGUGGCUCUUGUUUUGUCAGACGUUUGAUGAGUUGGCUUCGGAAAUGACGUGAAUGCAAUGCAUCAUGGCAAGCAUAGUUUUUCACUAAUCAUAUUAUAGAAAGGUAUUAUUAGAAGUUUAAUAUUACUAUUGAGUUGUACCUCUAUGUCACACAUAUAAAAUGAUGGUUCUGUUUCUUUACGUACUAAUGACUAGAUAAUAUAUGCUCUUUGCGUACAUUUAAAUAGAAUAAGACCUGGCAUUGAAAGGUAGUUGUAAAUGUCUAUGUUGUCUUUUAUGUACAUAUAUAGAAAAGGAGACAAUAAGGUGAUUUUAAGAUAUUUUAUUAAAAAAUAGUCAUUGUGUGCUCAGGACUCACCAAGAAAUUUAAAUUAUUCUAAAAUAACUUUGAAAGUUUUAAUAAAGUUUAUGGUGAGCAAAA